UAAGAUAGAGUUAAAAAAUAAUAACCUCGCCGAUUUUGUGCUGCUAUAAGUAUCAGAAGACAAUUUCAGGUACCACAAAUUCAAGAAAUAUGACUACCAAAACAAUAAUAAAUCUAUUAUUCUUAAUCCACACCAUUAUUUAUGUGGUGGGAGGAGGAGAAGCCGCCACAGCCACCUCCGUCGUAGACGUCGACGGCAAUCAAGUCCAAGCCAACACCAAAUACUACAUUUUCACCCCGAGCGGAGGCGGUCUCGGCCUAUCGGUGAGGGACCGGCGCCAGCCAUGCCCUCCCAACGUCAUGCAAGAGACCGACGGAGGUUCCAUGGGUCUCCCUCUGAAGAUAUUUCCGGCGGACGGGAAAGCGGUGAUAGAUUUGGAGAGUGAUUUGAACUUGGCGUUCGUGGCGGCCACCACUUGCGUGCAGCGGACGGUGUGGCGGCUGGGGGACACAGACUGGAAUACGGGGCGGCGCUACGUGAGGAGCGACGGUGUGGUGGGGAAGCCCGGGGCGGAGACGGUGAGGAACUGGUUCAAGAUAGAGAGAUUCGGGCAGGGUUACAAGAUUGUGUACUGCCCGGGCGUGUGCAGAGAAUGUAGAGUGGAGUGCGGAGAUGUGGGAGUGUUUGUGGAGAGUGGAAGGAGGUGGCUUGCUUUGGGUGGUCAACCCCUUUUAAUUGCUUUCAAGAAACUUGUUAAGGACUCAAUUCCUCAACGGUGAUGGCUGGCUGCUCGGCGAUCAAGACACUUCCGGCGUCCUGAGAUAGGAUCGGCGGAGAUUCUAGUUUCGUGUUGUGCGCGGAACUCCUCCGUCGGGCAGUGGUGAACUAGGGUUUAGGAUACUUCACGAUUUGUGUGGGCAAAAUAAUAUUUUCAUAUUCA